UGAGCAACGGUCAACAAUGGAGUGCUACACGAAACCUAAGUGUGAGUUUGUUCUGUUGUUUUAGAGUUGAAAGAAAGAGAGAGCCAAACGAGCCCUUAUUAGGGGCCUAUCGUUAUUAGCUCUACAGGGAAGCAAAAACAGACUCUGAUUGCUAACUCUGGUGUUGUAGAUUUUUUUUAUACGGAGAGAGAAAGCGAAGAAAAAGGCCAAUUGUGGUUUUCGAGGCUAAAUCCAUUGGGGACUCCAUUCGGAUAAAAAAUGAGUUCACUGGAUGCAACUAGAGCAGAACUUGGUUUAUUAGUUUUGUAUCUGAACAAGGCAGAAGCCAGAGACAAGAUCUGCAGGGCAAUUCAAUAUGGUUCAAAAUUCUUGAGUAAUGGACAGCCUGGUACAGCCCAGAAUGUGGACAAAUCAACCAGCUUGGCCCGGAAAGUUUUCCGACUUCUUAAGUUUGUCAAUGAUCUGCAUGCUCUUAUUAGCCUUGUCCCUCAAGGAACUCCCCUUCCUCUUAUUUUGUUGGGAAAGUCAAAAAAUGCAUUGUUGUCAACUUUCUUAUUUCUCGAUCAAAUUGUCUGGCUUGGUAGAACCGGCAUCUAUAAGAACAAAGAACGAGCUGAGCUAAUUGGCCGGAUAUCUCUUUACUGUUGGAUGGGAUCCUCAGUCUGUACCACUUUGGUGGAGAUUGGAGAGAUUGGAAGGCUUUCUGCAUCAGUGAAGAAGCUAGAGAAGGAGCUCAAGAACAGUGAUAAAUAUCAAAAUGAACAAUACCGGGCUAAACUUCAAAAAUCAAAUGAAAGAUCACUGGCCUUGGUUAAGGCAGCCAUGGAUAUUGUAGUUGCAGUUGGGCUACUUCAAUUGGCACCGAAGAAAGUUACCCCUCGUGUAACAGGAGCUUUUGGAUUUGUUAGCUCUUUAAUUUCUUGCUAUCAGUUACUUCCAUCACAACCAAAAGCCAAGACCGCAUGAAGAUACAAUUCUGUUCUGUUCAGGAAGUCAUGUCAGUUAAAAUAAUUAUUUGAACUUGUGAUAUAAAAUCCCUGUUGGUGUAACUUUUGAGCAAUUUGCCACGCCAUAAAGGUUUCUCACUAUUUAAUGCCAACUUAGCGUUAUGGUUCAUUCUGCUUAUUUGCAAUGGUAAUAAUAUAUUGGUGUCAUUUCUAGUUCGAA